CACUUUCAUAUUCCCCUUUCUCCUUCAACACAACACAACACAACACAUACCCAACCUGACCAUGUUUCUCUCUUCUUCUUCCCCGUUAAGAACCAAGAAAACCCAAGCCAUCGGGAUCCCCGUCAUCGACCUCUCACUCGACACCACCACGUUGUCCCACCACAUCAUCGCUGCGUGUCAAGAUUAUGGUUUCUUUAAGCUUGUGAACCACGGAGUCCCCAUCCAAGUCAUCUCCAAAAUGGAGGAAGCCGUUAACGGGUUCUUCUCCAAACCCUCAUCCGAAAAGGUCAAAGUCAAAGCUAACCCACCUAGCCCGUUCGGCUAUGGUUGUCGAAACAUUGGUUUUAAUGGGGAUGUAGGCGAACUAGAGUACAUUCUCCUUCAAGCUAACUCUCUUUCCACAUGCUCAGACAACGUUAGUGUCGUCGCUAAUCAACCAACAAAUUUCAGAUGUGCUGUGGACGAUUACAUCCAAGCAGUGAAAGAAUUAACAUCUGAGUUGUUGGAAAUAUUGGCACUCGGUCUUUCUUUACCCGACACAAACGUUAUCAGUCGUUUGAUUCAAGAUGUCGAUAGUGAUUCGUGUUUUCGAGUCAAUCAUUACCCUGGGGUCAAGCCUGAGUCCAAUCAAGCAAAACCCGAUCAUCGGAUUGGGUUUGGAGAGCAUUCAGACCCUCAGAUAUUUACCAUUUUGAGAUCUAACGACGUGCCUGGCCUUCAGAUUUCUACCGUUGAUGGAUUGUGGAUACCGGUCACAACUGAGCCUACUGACUUUUGUGUGUUCGUUGGUGAUGUCCUAGAAGUUUUGACGAAUGGGAGAUUUAAAAGUGUAAGACACAGAGUAAUGGCAAAUAAGUCAAACAUGUCAAGAAUGUCUAUGAUGUAUUUCGCGGCACCAUCUUUGAACGAAUGGAUAUCACCGAUCCCACAAUUGAUCUCGCCGGGAAACCUAAGACUUUACAAGUCAUUUACAUGGAACGAAUACAAAAAAGCCGCGUAUUCCCUACGUCUAGGAGAUCAAAGGAUCGAUCUUUUUAAGUGUCAAUCAACGUUAUGAUUAUAAAAUGUUCCGUCAUAUGGAACAAUAUAUAGGUUAGAGUAGAAGAAAAUCAAAUGAAAAAAAAAAAGUGAAUAAUCAAUUAGUCAUCACCUAUGAAAAUGAUUUUUUGCAGGGUGAAUUGUUGGUUGUAGAAAACGGGAAGUGUAGAUGGUGUCUACGAUUCACUCACUAUCUUGUAAUAUGUAUUCCAUCAAUUAAUAAUAUAUUUGGUUUAUAUUUUUUUUUUA